CCUUAGCCCUGCCACAAAGGGGAGGGAUCAUAGGAAGGAGAGAAAGGGCGGGAAAGGAGAAGAUAUAAGGGCGGAGACAGGACCUGUCCGUGGUCUGAUCGAGGGCUGACCUAGCUCCGGAGGAUGGCAGAGCUUCAGCUUACUCUCCUGCUGGUGGCCUGGGGGGCAACGGUUUCGGCAGUACCCUUGCCCCUGCCCUCAUCACCUUCUCCCCUGGCUUACAUGCUGAAGCUCUACCACGGUCACCAGCCCCGUGCCCACAUCGUCCGAAGCCUGCAGACCCAGGAUGUGGCCAUGGUGGGACAGCACUGGACCUUCGCCUUUGAUUUCUCCUUCAUGAACCAAGAGGAGGAGCUGGAAGGUGCUGAGCUCCGGCUCCAACUCUCCCCCCCAGCAGAGCCUCCAGUGGAAGCACCGAUCCUGGUCGAGAUCUUCCACCAGCCAAGGCACGAAGACGAGGGCGACACCGACGCCUGUCUAGAGCGCCGUCGGCUGGCUCUGUUCAUAGUCACUGCCUCCCAGGUCACCUUCUCCUCCGACGGCAUGGUCCUGGAGGUGACGGAGGCCCUCACCAAGGGGCUUAGGCCCCUGAGCAGCCCAGAGGAGAUGCUGGUCUCAACCGUGAAAGAGACAGACGGACCCAGCAAAGAGUGCAAGCGCCGGCCCCCGGAAUCUCCCGUCUCUGACGUGCAGCUGAUGCUCCACUCCAAGGAACAGAGGCGCCAUGGGAGCUCCACGCUGCUGUGGGAGGCGGAGAGCUCAUGGAGGGCCAGAGAGGGCAGGAUCUCACAGGAGAAAAUCAAGAGGAACCCUCGACGCAGGAACGGGCUUGAAAACCGACAGUGCAGGAAAGUCAGGUUUCAAGUGGACUUUAACCAGAUAGGCUGGGGCUCCUGGAUCAUCUACCCCAAGCAAUACGAAGCCUAUCGCUGUGAGGGAGAGUGUCCCAACCCCAUGGAGGAGAGGUUUCAGCCGACCAACCACGCCUACAUUCAGAGUUUACUGAAGUUCUACCAGCCUCACCAAGUACCCUCUACAUGCUGUGCUCCUGUGAAGACCAAGGCCCUCAGCAUGUUGUAUCUGGAGAAUGGCAACGUCCUCCUGGAUCAUCACAAGGAUAUGAUAGUGGAGGAGUGUGGGUGCCUCUGAACAGACCAAGAAGAAACAUUAGAUUUAAAGGUCAACUCAAUUCAAACCCUCACUCUCUGCUGUUGGCAGGGUUCGGCUGAAUUGCCAAAAGAGCCAGGGGAGAGGGAGUAACACAGAAAGGAUUCAGUGCCCACCAGAGUUGAGGCAAUGUGAAUCUGGCUUGAGAGACAAUUUCUGGAGAAUGGAGAGUUUAAGCUCCGGCUGUGGGGCUCGCCCUGUUUCUUCUUCAUAGAAUGGGUCUGUUCUGCUCUCUGAGGCUGGUACCCCAGAAAUGACGUUAGGGCAGGCAGGUGUGUGAGCAGGAGCUGGUCUCUGCUAAUGAACUCUGUAUGUCAAUAAAACUAUUGAUCUUCUCCCAUGUGGCUUUGGCAUUUAAAGGGAAGGAUAAGAAUCUUCUCUAGGAAGUCUGGGAAUAGAAGACUUUGGAAGAGGGAAGUCAGAGUCCUACCCUCAUCUUCGCUGUGCUGGGGCUACUAGGGAAACACAAUUCAUAUCUGUUCAAAGGUGACAGCGGAGGUAUUUCUUCAUGUAUCCUUUAAGUUGGGUUCCCAAGUUUCUUAGCUGGUAAAGUCCAACAACCCUGGCCUGAGGGCCUGACAACCUCGCUUCAAUUAGCUCUGCCACUCAUUAGCCACAGACUUGGACCACUCAUCUUCUCCCUAUAGGCCUCAGUUUCCUCAUCUGUAAAAUGACAGGAUUAGAUGAAAUUAUUCCCAAGGCCCUUUCCAGUGCUAUGGUCUAAAGCAGUGAUGUUUACAAUCCAGGGCUGGAAGGGACAUCAUGGACCAAGGAAAACAACCCCUCUCUUCAUCUGUGGAAGGAGACAGGCCUAGAGAGGUGAAUGAUUUGCUAAUAAAUGGUAGAGUUAGGACUCUGCUGUCCAGCUAGAGUGAGCUGGGGAUGCCACAGCAACUUGCCUUGUGAGUUUAAGAUAACUUACAUUUCCAUGGUGCUUAAAGGUUUACGAACUGCUCUUUCCUCACAUCCUUUGAGGUAUGUACGUAGAUCAAACAUUAUCUCCAGUUUACAGAUGAAGAAACAGAGACUCAGAGGUGAAGGAUAAUAUUGCCAGGAAGUGGUAUAAUCAGGAAACUGCCCCAAAUUUCCUGACUUCCCAAGGCCAUGUCCCUUUCCACUACAUCAGGGUGAUUUUAUCAAGUGGGUCCUUUAUCCUUUCCACUACUUGCCAGGAGAGAUAGAUGUGUGUUUGUAAAGCCAACUAGCCCUGGGUCCUGCCUGAACCUCUCCCCUAGGCCCACUACCAGGUCCCAAUCGGUCUCGGUUUAGACCAAACUUCAUGGCACUACAGCUGAACUCUCUCACGCAGGCACCAUAUGGCAGUGGCUCCCAACCCUUCCACACUAGAUCCCCUCCUCACUGUCUUUUAUCCACCCAUGGAAGGGCAACU